AUGAGUGAUACAGCCGAGCAGAUAUCGAUCGAUGAUGUUUCGAAGGAGUUGCGCGUCGUACGUCAAGAAUUUGGAGAAAAAAUGGAGCGCGUCACUUCGGUUGCCGACGCGGAAGUCAUCCGUCGGGAGUAUCUUGGCAAGAAAGGACCCAUCAACAAAGCGAUGGGAUAUAUGAGACUACUACCAAACGAAGACAAGCCCAAGUUGGGUGCGGUUGUCAAUGAAAUUAAGGAAGCCCUGGAAACAACCAUGACGGAACGCAUGGAUGCUUUGAAGGUAGCGGAGAUCGAAGCGGCGAUGGAGUUGGAGCGGAUCGAUGUCACGCAACCGGGUUUAUGGAAUUCGCCAGAUAUCGGGAGACGCCACCCUCUUAGUAUUACAAUGGAAAAGGCGGUGGAUAUUUUCACCAAGUUGGGAUACGAUACUGUUACCGGCUGUGCGGAUUCUCCCGAAAUCGAAAACGAUUACUAUUGCUUUGAAGCCCUCAACUGCCCCAAAGAUCAUCCCGCUCGUGAUAUGCAGGAUACUUUCUAUCUAACGGAGGAUCUUGAACUCAUGCUUCGAACACACACUUCGGCGGUACAGAUUCGCCAGUUGGAAAAACGCAAACCUCCGCUCCGUAUCGUGGCUCCCGGACGCGUUUAUCGAAAAGACGAUAUUGAUGCCACCCAUUCCCUUAUGUUUCACCAAGUGGAGAUCUUGGCAUUGGAAAAGCGCGGCGAGCUCAAUCUCGGACAUUUGAAAGGAACGGUGGAGCAUUUCCUUCAAAAUAUGUUCGGACCCAAUAUUAAAGUCCGUUUCCGUGGUAGUUACUUUCCGUUUACGGAGCCCAGUAUGGAAGUCGACGUCUUUUUUCGUGGCAAAUGGUUGGAAGUGUUAGGAUGUGGUAUGGUGGAUCCAAACGUCUUGGAAAUGGCCGGAAUCGACCCGAACGAAUACUCGGGAUUCGCCGCCGGCUUUGGAGUGGAGCGCUUCGCGAUGGUAAUUCACGGCAUUACCGAUCUGCGCGAGUUUUACAAGAAUGACAAACGGUUCUUACAACAGUUU